AGAGCGACGCAGCUCGGAGCCUGACAGCAAACCAAAAUAAGUCGCUCUUCAUGCCGCUAUAGACCCGUUUUACCCUGCUUGUCUCAUCGUAGAAGUUUUUAGCCGAUACUGGAAAAUGUUUAUCGCGGACAUAAGAAAGGACUUUUACGAAGUUGUUGCCAACCAGAGAGUCGCACUCCUGGUGGCCUCAGACAUCGACGCUCUCUGCGCCUGUAAGAUCCUCCAGGCGCUGUUUCACUGUGACCAGAUCCAGUACACACUCGUGCCAGUUAAAGGCUGGCAGGACCUUGGCACUGCCUUCCUUGAACACAAAGAGCAGUUCAGGUACUUUGUUCUCAUCAACUGUGGGGCAAAUGUUGACCUCCUGGAGAUGCUGCAGCCGGAUGAUGACUCCAUCUUCUUCAUCUGUGACACUCACCGGCCUGUAGAUGUGGUCAACGUCUACAAUGACACCCAGAUAAAGCUGCUCAUCAAGCAGGACGAUGACCUGGGCGUGCCUUCAUACGAUGAUAUCUUUCGAGACGAUGACGAGGAAGGAGAUGACUCUGGAAACGAGAGCGACGAAGGCUCGGAGCCGUCUGGCAAACGGAGGAGAUUCGAUGAAGGGGCAGUUGAGAGGAGAAUCGAAAGACAGCGAGCGAGGAGAGAGUGGGAGGGCCGGAGGAGGGAGAUCCUGUUUGACUACGAGCAGUAUGAAUACCACGGAACGUCUGCUGCGAUGAUGUUUUUUGAGCUGGCGUGGGUUUUGACUAAAGACACCAAGGACAUGCUCUGGUGGGCCAUCAUCGGGCUGACAGACCAGUGGGUUCACGAUAAAAUCACACACAUGAAGUAUGUAACAGACAUCGCCACGAUGCAGCGACACGUCUCCCGGCAUAACCACCGAAACGAGGAUGAGGAAAACUCUCUUUCAAUCGACUGUAUGAGGAUCUCAUUUGAAUACGACCUUCGUCUAACACUCUACCAGCACUGGUCCCUCUAUGAGAGCAUUUGUAAUUCCUGUUACACCUCCUGCAGCUUCAAGCUUUGGACCUUAAACGGCCAGAAGAAGCUUCAGGAGUUCUUGGCUGACAUGGGGCUGCCUCUAAAACAAGUGCGACAGAAGUUUAACUCCAUGGACAUGUCGAUCAAAGAGAACCUGAGGGACGUCAUUGAAGAGUCCUCUAAUAAAUACGGCAUGAAGGACAUCCGCAUCCAGACGUUUGGCGUUCACUUUGGCUUUAAGAACCGUUUCCUGGCCAGCGACAUGGUUCACGCUGCUGCUGCCUUGCUGGAGAGCACCGAGAAAGACGAGAGCGACGGCGACAACUUCAUCAAGGCUCUGGACGCCCUGUCCAGGAGUAACCUUGAACGCCUGCAUUCAGGCAUCGACUUGGCCAAGAAGAAGCUGAUGGCCGUCCAGCAGACUGUCGCCAGCUGCAUCUGCACCAACCUCAUCCUGUCGCAGGGACCCUUCCUCUACUGCUACCUCAUGGAGGGAACACCUGAUGUGAAGCUCUUUUCAAAGCCCAUGGCCCUGACUCUGCUCUGCAAGUACCUCCUGAAGGCUUUUGUCCAUUCGACGAGGAAUAAACGCUGCAAGCUGCUUCCGCUCAUCAUGGCUGCUCCCAAGGACGUGGACAAAGGAACCGUCAUUGUUGUCGGGAUCCCACCAGAGUCUGAGACGUCCGACAAGAAAAAUUUCUUUGGUCGAGCGUUUGAAAAAGCCGCAGAGAGCACCAGCUCCAGAACUCUUCACGACCAUUUCGACACUUCAGUAAUUGAGCUGAAGUCGGAGGACAGAAGCAAGUUCCUGGACGCGCUCAUCACUCUGCUGUCAUGAGAAGGUUCACAGAUCAGGAGUCUGAGUGUCGGUUUGGACGCCGUCGGAUCUGCAGCUGUUCGCAUCAGAAGUCACCAGAACUUGUUUUUGUUUUUAAAGGUCUUAAUCGGUUUUGUGUGUAUAUUGUACAGUGUUUUUGUAAAUGUGUGGAUU